AUGGUCCAGACCGUGGAAAACAUUCUCCAAAAGUGCGAUGAAAAUAAAGAGGACCCGUACCUUGCUCUCCUAUCAUACCGGGCCACUCCCUUGGAUCACCAGCUGAAAUCCCCAGCAGAACUGCUCACCAACAGAAAAUUUAAAACUAGAUUACCAGCAUGCCAUAGAGUCCUCCUCAACCACUCUCACCAUGAGGUCAUGAAAAGUAAGCUCAUAGCCCGUCAGGAGAAACAAGCCCACUAUUACAACCAGCAUUCAGGACCACCCAAAAAGCCAUUCGAAGCUGACCAACCCAUCCGCACGUACAACCACCACUCACAAACCUGGGAACCUGGCAUUAUUGUAAAACCCGCCAAACAGCCAAGAUCUUACAUCAUCAGAUCCAGCAGUACAGGUACCACCUAUCGAAGAACACGGGCCCAACUGAAACCAGACACAACUGCAGUGAGGGGAACACAAUGCCAGCGGGUGAAACCCCAGUAUACCAAGGUUCUGAGAUACCUCAGCAGACAACUAGUCUUGCCCCAGUCAGUCACACACAGACAUCGCACAAAAACGGUGCAGCCCCCAGACCAGGAUCUGGCGAAACAGUGCCACUGA